CCUCCAAAUGAAAAUCUGUCAAGUUUCAAGAAUGAGCUCAUACCGUAAACGAUUCCCACAAUGCUGUGCUGCAGUAGAUGCAAUGUCUGUAGCCAGAAGGGUGGAACGGUUUCUGUUUUGACACUUCUGGAAAAAUCUGUAGUUCUGGCGUGUAUUUUGUAUUGUUUAGCAAUCACGUUUACUUAUAUUGUUUCGUUUUCUAAUUAAUACAAAAAAUUAAGGCAAGGAACCAGACCCUUUAAAUUCAUAGUUAAGCAUCUAUUGUUGCAUAGUUUGAGCUGGAAGACAGCAAUACCAGGAAAGAAUGUCUGAAGAUCACAAAGGUCACAAAAAAUCACAUUCUGAUGAAGGAAAAACAAGUGACUCGCAUGCCAGAACUAGAGAGGAUGUCUCUGAUUCAGUGGAAGAAUCACUUAAUAAAAGAAUAAGGCAUGAUACUCCAAGUCCACACCAUGGCAGUACACCACCAUCUAGUCCUCCUAAGUUUGUAUCGGUGGAAGAACUGAUGGAGACAGCAAAAGGUGUGACAAAGAUGGCCUUGGCUCAUGAGAUUGUGGUGAAUGGAGGCUUCCAGAUUAAACCCCCUGAGCUCCCCGAGGGCAGUUUGGAAAAACGAGUACGUGAUAUUAUGCGCAAAGCGUUUUGGGAUUGCUUGGAAGCCCAGCUAAAUGAAAAUCCACCAGAGUAUGACCAUGCAGUUAAACUUUUGGAAGAAAUUAAAGAGACACUUUUAUCAUUCUUGCUGCCUGGCCACACUAGACUAAGAAACCAGAUCAAUGAGGUUUUGGAUCUUGAUUUGAUAAAGCAAGAGGCAAACAAUGGAGUUCUUGACAUUUCUAAACUUGCCAGGUUCAUCAUUGGAAUAAUGGGAACAUUGUGUGCACCAGCUAGAGAUGAAGAAGUCAAGAAACUUGGAGUCAUUACAGGAAUUGUUCCAUUACUGAGGGAAAUUUUUAAAGUGCUAGACCUUAUGAAAAUGGACAUGGUGAAUUUUGCAGUGAGUAGCAUUCGGCCUCAUUUGAUGCAGCAGUCUGUCGAAUACGAGAGGAAAAACUUUCAAGAGUUUCUUGAUAAACAGCCAAAUGCCCUAGAUUUCACUACAGAGUGGCUACAGGAAGCCAUAAGUAGUCUUUCAAGUUCAGAAACUGCUACGUGUCAGUCUGUUCCUCAUGCCACUGCAUCUGCUGACAGUGUCCGGAUUUUAAACCCUGUUACUGUGCAAAAUCAGGCGUAUCUGAGACUGUUGAAAUGGGACCAUAUCACCCGACCUUUCCCUGAAACUCUCUUAAUGGAUCAAAGUCGCUUUGUAGAAAUAAAGACUGAACUGGAUCAACUAACCAUUGUUGCUGCUGUCUUGUUGGUUUCAUACAAUGUGGUAGGGACUGCAUUAUCUGGACUUCCUGGAUUCAUGGACAGACUGAAGAAGAAUAUAAGGGUUUUACUACCAGCAAUAUAUUCUCCUUCCUUCAGUCUGAGUGAGGCUUUAGCUGCAAUCAGUGAGAAGAUCUCUGUGGACAUCAGUAGCUGCCUGUCAGAGCAUGGUUUUGCAACUUUAACCAAAGAAAAAGAAGCUGUUCUGAAAGGACAGAUUCAGUCUAUAGAAAAAACAGACAAUGCUGUCCGAAGUCUAAUAGAUUCUCGCAUUCAGAUAUUCCUGCAGGAUUACCUUACAUCAGGUCACCAAAAAUCCGUCCCUGUGAUACCUGGGGGACUAGUCCCAAUUCAGAAAGAACUAGAGGAAAUAGCUGUGAAAUACAUUCGCCUUGUCAACUACAAUAAAAUGGUCUUUGGUCCAUACUAUAGUAAUAUUCUCAGUAAACUGCUGAAUAAGGAUGAAUCUGAUGUAGUUAAUUGCCCAGAGCAAUCGGUUUAAUGCUUCACAGUCAUGUACCAGAUGCAGCAUUUUUUUUUUAAUCUGGCACAUUUAUAAGAACAAUAAAGUUAGGAAAUGAAUUUUGGAGGGAGGAAACAAAUGUUGGAAUUGGAGAUGGAAGAUGAGUUAUUCCAGUUCUGGAUGUUUUCCUGCAUUGAGUUUUGUGACAUUCCUUCAACCUGCUCCAAGUGCUAAGCUGUUCCUUCUAACUUUGCAGUGCCCGUGUUCUUUACAGAAAUGACAAUGUGUACUGGUUUCCAAAUUCAUUUUAAUUGUAUUAAGUUUGGAAGAAAAAUUGUAGUUUUGUGGUAUUUAUUCAGACUGACAAUAUUACUGUAAAUUAGUUUCAGUAUAAGCAUAUUUAGUGGCCAGGCUGCAUAUAGUACAAAAUGGGCAUCUAAGUAUGUUUGAAAUGUGUUGAUCUUAUGGUCCUUGUUUCUUACUGGGAUACAAAAUAUUUAUGGUCUAAUUGUGGUAGACCUUGUUAUUGCAUUUUCAGGCAUUUAAAUUUUGUUAUGACGUUUUGGAACCAAAAUAAUUACUCAUUUUUGCCUCUAAAGUCUAAAAUUUUAAAAUGUAAUUAGUAUUUGCAGUGACAGUUCUGCAUUUUACAGGUUUACAAAUGAGCAUUAUUUGUGAGUGGCUACUGUGUUGCAGAGGUUAGCAUUGUCACCUCACAGCAAAAGGCCCUCUGGUUCGAUUCUCGGCUGGAGUGCCUUCUGUGCAGAGU